GAGAGAUUGAAAUUACAAUAGGUGGUGCUUUGGUGCAGCUUUUGGGAAUUUAUCCAUGUUUCGUUGCAGAUAUGGCUGGCACCUCUUCACAUCUGUAUCGCCUCCCAGCAAAAGCAGCUGGGAUCCAACUGUGUCCCUCACUCUCAGCCAUCCAACCCUUGUUCUGCUUGAGCAAUGCAGAACUAGAAAUCACUUUAAACAGAUCUUGGCUCAAAUGAUAAGGAUCCACCUGGUUACAGAGACGUUUCCCAUGAGUAGGCUUCUUCUGUUCUCAGCAGUCUCGCAUCCAGAAAAUUUGGAUAUCGCCACAAUCCUAUUUGAUCACUAUACUCCAAGGCCGAAUCUCUUCAUUUACAACACUAUGAUCUCUGCCUUAUCAUUCUCACCAACUCAAUCAUUUUCCUUAUACAACUCAAUGCUUCGAUCUUACUUAUCUCCAGAUGAAAAGACUCUCAUUUCCCUCAUCAAAGGCUCAAAUUAUUUAUCAGAAGGUAAGCAAAUCCAUUGCCAUGCCAUCGUGACAGGGUUAUCAUCCUGUGGUUAUUUCCUUAAUUCACUCAUCAAGAUGUACUCCGAGCAUGGACAAAUGGCUCUUGCAGAUCAGGUCUUUCAGCAGGUGCCUCAACUAGAUACUAUUUCAUUCAAUAUCAUGAUUGCUGGAUAUGUUUGGAACUCAUGUAGCCUAAAAGCGCUUGAUCUGUUCCAUGACAUGGUAAGCGCAUACCUCAGUCCAGACGAUAUCACGAUGGUAAGUCUCCUCAUGUCAUGUGGGAGACUGAGAAAUAUACACUUGGGGAAGUCAGUUCAUGCAUGGAUUUCGCGGAGGACGGUUUGUGGUUUCAGUUUAGUUCUAAGUAAUGCACUUCUUGAUAUGUACGUCAAAUGUGGGAAUUUGUUUCUUGCUCGCAGGGUUUUUGAUGCAUCUUCGAAGAAGGAUAUUGUAUCAUGGAACACGGUAAUUGCGGGGUAUGUCAAGGUUGGAGAAGUGGAAGUUGCCCAUGGUCUUUUUGAUGAAAUGCCUGUUAGAGAUCUUGUAUCCUGGAAUUCCAUUAUAGCUGGAUAUGCACAGAGAGGAAACUUGCCAACAGUGAUGGAUAUGUUCAAUGGUAUGGUUUUCCAGAAAGUUGUACCUGACAAGUUUACAAUUGUUAGCUUGGUCUGCUCUGCUGCGAAAGCAAAUUCCCUAGGUCAAGGGAGGUGGGUUCAUGGUUGGAUAUUUAGAAGGCAGAUGAAAUUAGAUGCAUUUCUGGGUUCCGCACUUGUAGACAUGUAUUGUAAGUGUGGUGGCAUUGAAGCAGCUCUUGCUGUUUUCAAAAUGAUUACUGUAAAGGAUGUUACUCUAUGGACUUCUAUGAUUGCAGGGUUUGGGUCUCAUGGCUAUGGGAAACAAGCUUUGGAAUAUUUUUGUAAAAUGCAGGAAAAUCUAAAACCUAAUCAGGUGACAUUUGUGGCCAUUCUCACAGCUUGCAGUCACAGUGGGAUGGUGGAUGAUGGUUUACGGAUUUUCAACGCCAUGAAGGAAAACUAUGGUAUUGAACCAGGGGUGGAGCACUACGGGUGUCUCAUUGAUCUUCUAGCACGCGCAGGUAAGCUUUUUGAGGCAAAACGCGUAAUUGACAAUAUGGCGAUGAAGCCGAGUAGGUCCAUUUGGGGAGCAAUGUUAAAUGCUAGUCAAGCUCAUGGAAAUGUCGAGAUGGCAGAAGCUGCUUCGACGGAAUUGUUAAAGCUUGAGCCAGAGAAAGAGGGUGGCUAUGUUCUGUUGUCCAAUAUGUACGCAGCUGAUGGGAAUUGGGAUCAUUCAAACAGGAUCAGAGAAAUAAUGGGAAACCGAGGAUUGAAAAAGACAGCUGGUUGCAGUAAGCUGGUGGUAGGUGGGCGAGAAAUAUGAUUAGCUUGAGCCAUUCUCAGUACGAAUUCUUUUUGUGCCUUUGCUUUAAAUCUUGCCGUGUUUUUGCUCGUGGGAAAAACUUCUGCACUUACAAUGAAUGUAGCUGGAGUUGUCAAGGAUUGGUUGUUGAUUGCAUUUUCGUGGUCAGUGAUUAGAGAUACAAUGACACCCAUAAAUUUGGUUAGUUAUGGAGUUGCAUUUUUGGGUGUUUGUUAUUAUGAUGAUGUGAAAUUGAAAGCUUUGAAGUUGAAAGAAGAACAGAAGAAGCCUCCACCUGAGGAUGAGGAGGCUGGGAAAUUGUUAGAGGAAAGAGAUGGAGAGAGUUGCAGGGAAGACUGAUUCUCAGAGAAAACAACAGAGAGGAGCAUUUGCAACGGUCAUCUUUAUAUAGAUAAGAAAACAAUAGAGAAAACAUUGAUGUUCAAAGAGGAGCAAAGAAAAUGUGGCCGUGUGCAGGUAUCUGGUUUUCAUAUGUUUUAUUUGUAUUCAUUUUGGCUGUUAGAAACAUUACACUUUUAGCUAAUAUCUGGCACUUUAAAAGCUGUAAUAAGGGAGACCCAUUUUUUGAUCGAUGAUUCUAGAGGGACCUAGAAAAGUAUACAUCACCAAAUAUGAGACACAGAUUUAGUUGGUGGGAGCGAAUUCUUCAAUAUGUUUACCAUCAUUCUAGUUUUACUUUGCUUUUUAACCUUAGCUUUUAAAUUAUGUAAUGCCAAUGACAUUUCUAAUGACGCUCCAGCAUCAGUUCUUGACAUUUGUAACAAAUUAAGUGCGAUUUCUUAGCGUAAAUCAUGCUUUAGCCUUUAGGUUAUUAGAUUCCAAACCAUUUUUGUACCUACUA